AACGACCAUCUUCUAAAUUUACAAGACAAAAAACUAACACAGUCACUCGUUUAUAAUACUCUAGAAUGAAAUUCACAGCCUGUACAUUAAUUGCAGCUGCCCUUUUUAACUUUGCAGCUGCGGGUGUUUACAUUACAGCACCAAUUGGUUCAACUAAAGCAACAGGUGGACAACCUUUUAGCGUUGUAUGGGAUGACGAUGGCCAGUCACCUACACUCGCAGAACUAGGAAAUGCGGAUGUCUCUUUAAUGACUGGAAGUGACGCAGAGCAAACUGAAUUGCAAACCCUUCAAAAGGAUGUACCAUUGUCUACUACAGCUAGCACAAUAAACUUGAUCGAUAGCAAUGUUGGUCCAGAUGGAAACGUCUAUUUCAUUAGAGUAAUGAGUCAAUCACUCAAGAAUGAUGAAGGUUAUCCAUACUCCUUCUACUCAGCUAGAUUCUUGCUUGAGGGUAUGCAUGGUACUUUCACUGACGAGAUCAAAGCACAAUUAGAUCAACUUAUGCAACAAACUAAUGUUCAAAGGCGCACGCUCACAGACGAGGAUGUGAAUGUAGAGGAUAACGAUUCCGCUGCACGUACAAACUCAUUUCAAACCUUGGCCAUAGCUACUAUCGCUGUUAUUGUUGGAGCUUCACUUUCAACUCUCUAAGAAAUAAAUUAUAGACGGACGGAUGACUUUUUUCAACUUUUAUUUACACAAUUACUAUGUUUCCGAAUUCUUUUUUUUUACGAUACAUACAUCUAUACCCA